AUGCAGACCAAGUCCCUCCUUUCCCUCCUCGCCUUGGCCUCCGUGCCUCUGGCUUCUGCCAGCAACGGCAAAGGUUCCGGAAAGUCUUGCUCCCACAAGGGUCUAGACUGGUACGCCAAAAAGGCCGGCCUCAAGUACUUCGGCGCAGCCACCGACUCGCCCGGCCAGCGCGAGCGUGCAGGUUUGGAGUCUGCUUACCCCAAGUACGACGAGAUCAUGUGGAAGUCUGGAGAAUUCGGGCAGACGACGCCUACUAAUGGGCAAAAGUGGCUCUUUACCGAACCUACCCAAGGCACCUUCAACUUCACCGAAGGCGACAUCGUCGCCUCCCUCGCGCACCAGCACCACAAGCUCUUACGAUGCCACGCCCUAGUCUGGCACUCGCAGCUUGCUCCCUGGGUAGAGGCCGGUAAUUGGACCAAAGACGAGCUCCGCGCCAUCAUCGUCUCGCACAUCACCAACGUCAUGACCCACUACAAGGGCCAAUGCUAUGCCUGGGACGUGGUCAACGAAGCCUUCAACGAGGACGGGACCUAUCGCGAAUCGGUGUUUUCCACCGUCUUGGGCGGCGACGAGUUUAUCCAGUUGGCUUUCGAGACGGCUUCCAAACUGGAUCCGAAGGCCAAGUUGUAUUAUAAUGAUUAUAACUUGGAGAGCCCGAGCGUCAAGACGGAGGCGGUCAGGAAGCUGGUGAGGCAGCUGCAAAGCAAAAAAAUUAAGAUUGAUGGCGUGGGAUUCCAGGCGCAUUUGACGGCAGAGAGUAGGCCGACGCUGGAUGAGCAUGUCGCUGCCAUUGAGGGGUUCGCGGAGUUGGGCGUGGAGGUGGCGUUGACGGAGUUGGAUGUGAGGUUGGAGAUGCCGGGGAAUGCGACGAAUUUGGCGCAGCAGAAGGAGGCGUAUAAGAAUGCCGUCGGAGCUUGUGUCCAAGUCGACGGAUGCAUCGGUGUCACCAUCUGGGAUUUCUACGACCCCUUUAGCUGGGUCCCUGCCGUCUUUCCCGGUGAGGGUGCCGCCCUUCUCUGGUUCGAUGACUUUAGCAGGCAUCCUGCUUAUGAGGGUGUCGUGGAGGCUUUAACCAACAAGACCCAAGGACAUCAUGGAAAGGGUCCUCGUGGCGUUAAGCGUUGGGUUGCCUAA